AUGCAGAAUUUUGUAACGUUUGUUUUUUCAAGACUAAAAAAACUAAGUAGGGAGUUGAGGCUCUUUCUAACCGUUUUUGUCGCCAUAAUAUUCGUAUCCUUGAUUUUAUUGUCCUUGAAUUACAGCGAUCAAAAGGAGACUAGUCUUAUUCCACCUAAAAAAUAUAUCAAAAAUCUACAAAAAAAUCACCAACCAAUAGCUGGUAAACAUGAUUAUCAAGAUUUUUUCAAGGAAUUUGAAGAUGCUGAAUAUGAUUUAAUCAAAAGCACUAAAGCAAAUGCAACUUUUGUUACUUUAGCCAGAAACAGUGAUGUUUGGGGGAUGGUCAAGUCCAUUAGGUCAGUCGAAGAUCGAUUCAACAGAAAAUUCCAUUAUGAUUGGGUGUUUCUUAAUGACGAAGAAUUUUCAGAAGAAUUUAUUGAUGCAACUACAGCUGUCUGUAGCGGAAAAACUAAAUAUGGUGUUAUACCCGUUGAACAAUGGUCUUUUCCAUCUUUUAUUAAUACUGAAAAAGUUGAUAAAAAUAGAGCAAGGUUGAAAAAAUUGGGCAUAAUCUAUGGAGAUUCAAUAUCAUAUAGACACAUGUGUAGGUAUGAAUCAGGUUUUUUUUGGAGACAUCCAUUGGUAAACGAAUAUGAAUGGUACUGGAGAGUUGAACCAGACAUAUCCUUUCAUUGUGAUAUCAAUUAUGAUUUGUUCAAGUAUAUGGAAAUCAACAAUCAAACAUAUGGAUUUGCUAUAUCAUUAAAAGAAUUUCACAAGACAAUUCCAUCUUUAUGGAAACAUACCAAAUUAUUUUUAAAAAAGAAUCCAGAUUAUUUGCACCAAAACAAUCUUAUGGACUUUCUUUCAGAAGAUAACGGUCAUACCUAUAAUUUAUGUCAUUUUUGGUCAAAUUUCGAAAUUGGAAAUCUAAAUUUCUUUAGAAGUCAAAAGUAUCGAGAAUAUUUUGAUCACUUGGAUAAAACUGGGGGAUUUUUUUAUGAAAGAUGGGGAGAUGCUCCCAUUCAUUCAAUGGCUGUGAGUUUAUUUGAAGAUAAAGAGAAGAUUCAUUUUUUUGACGAUAUUGGCUACACACACGAUAUAUUUACAAGUUGUCCAAUUAGCAAGAAAUUCCGGAAAGAUAACCAUUGUGCUUGUAAUCCCAAUGAUGAUUUUGCCUGGAGGAGUUAUAGUUGCACAGGGAGAUAUUUUGAUGUCAAAGGACUUAAAAAGCCUGAUGGUUGGGAGGAUUAUACAUAA